AUGUCACAACAAACACGCAUUGAUGAAUUCUACAAAUCAAUCGGCAAACAAAAAUCAACUGUGAUAAAUGUUAAAAAAUGUGCUAGGUCAAAAAGUAUACCUUAUUCAAAAAGGAGGAAGGAGGAAAAUGAAAAAACAAACGUUUUAUUGUCAGCAACUAAACAAUCGGAUUGUACAGUUCUAUAUGAGAAGUUGAAUAAAAUGCAUGAUGUUAACUUAAAUGAUGCAAAAAUGACUCAAACUAAUGUUCAGAUAGCAAGCAAUAAUGUAUCAUUGUGUGGAAAUGAUUAUUUAGGAGGAAUAUCACAGCAUGAACUUGAUAAAGAAUAUGAACUACCAAUGAUUGAUACAAUAAAUGAAAUACAAAGAGAAAUUUUAAAUGAAAAUGGAAAUUGCUUGAUAACAUCAAAUAACAAGUUAGAAAAUUCUUCAAAUUUUAAUAGACAGACGCCACCAAAUAAUAUUAGUAUGAAAUUACAAAAAACACCAGAAAGUAAAUCAAGAAACAAUAGUUAUGUGAAAACAUCAUCACCUAUUAUUAAAGACAAUUGUCAUUUAAAGGAUAUUCCAAAUAAGAAACUAAGAACUCCAGAUAAAAAUAUUUUUCUAUUUAGAAAUUCUAACAGCUCAACACCUUCCUCAACACCUAAAAAAUCAAAUUAUAUUUCCGAAGUAUCACCUAAUAAAUCUCCAAGAGUUAAUGCAAGAAAGAAACUGUUUGGUGAAAAUAUAGAUACUAACAUUUUAAUUCAGGCUAUUACAUAUAUGAAUUUAGCAAAGCAAGAUAAUAUUUCACAUGAGUUUGAUCUAAAGAGUAUAUAUUUCACAAAAACAUUUGAUACAUAUAGUGACAUAGAUAAUAACAUAAAUAGUGAAGUUGCAACAAAGUAUAAAUUAAGUGACAUAAACUUAUGUGAUGAUUUGAAUUCAAAAACUUUAUUUACUACUAUUUUCCUUGUACUCUCUAAUCCUAUCAAUUGUAAUUAUUUCAAUGAAGAUGAACUUGAUUUUAUAUUUUCUAUAAUCACACUUCCUAAAGACGCUCAAAUGUUAUUGGCAAGGAUGAUAAAAAGAAAGAGGACGUGGUUUAGGAAAAGUAGCGUAGUUUACCCAGAAAUAGCUACAGAAUUAAAGCAUAUUUUUGAAGUUCUUGCUUCACGAUCUAUUUGUAGUUUUGAUAUUAAAAAUGAGAAAUUAGAUACAAUACUUGAAUUAUUGCAAGUAACUGAAAUACAGCAACUUUGUAAAAAGAUGAAAAUUAAUCCUAAAGGAAACAAAAAAAGUAAUAUCCAAAAGUUAUUACAAUUGUCAAAUAAAAAAUCUUUGUUUCCUGGAAUGAAGACUCCAGGUAGUAUUUUAUAUGAUUCAAUUUUGGACAUAAUAGAUUUUUGUGUAUGUAUAAAUUUCAAAACAUGGAAUAUUAUUGAUAAGAUAAUAAUACUGUUGAUGCCAAAUCAAGAUCCAGCAAAUAGUCUGGCAGAUACAUUUCAUAUGUUACGUGAUAUUUAUUUAGGGAAAAUAAUAUUCCCAACAAAUUCUGGGCAUUAUUUUCCAAUAUUUUCUUCUAGAUUACAUCUAACGAGUUAUGUAGCAGUCAGAUCUGUAUUAUCUACAACAUUACAAUAUAUAGAGAAAAAAAAUUGGAAAGAAGUAAAAAAUAAUGGCAACUAUGCUAUGGAUGUAUUAAAAAAUUUAUUGGAGAAUGAUUCAUUAAGAUUAGAAAAUUCUAUGCUUCCUAAACAUGUUACUCGUUAUAUGCCAGCAUUUGUGUGGAUGAAAAUUAUUUCCAUAUCUAUAGAGGCAUUUAAAAAGGAUGACGAUAAAAAGGCCAAAGAUGGAAAAAAUGGAGAUGGAACAAACAAAAAUAAAAAGCGAGUGGUAGAGAUCUUAUUGUUCUUAUUGGAGCAAAAUUGUUAUAUGCAUACAUGUAAAGGGAAAUGGUAUGAUGAAUUAGCUCUCAUUGAAAUGCAUCACCACAAAGACAUAGAAACAUGUGCAUCCAUUAUAAUAAAAGCCUUAAAUACAGAAAACAUAACACAAAUAGAUAAAAUAAAUCUUAUGAAAAGAGCAAGAAAAAUUGUGAAGAAGAAAAAUGGAAUUAAACCAAGCACGAGAGAUACUCUUAAUAAAAUAUUAGGUAAUCAUUGUAUAUCGGAGGAUGUUAUAUCACCCAUGUUCUAUCAGAGCAGGUCCGUCACUAUAUACGCCACAGAAAUGCCAAGAAAUACUGCAGGCAGUAAAAGUACUUGGUGUAUAAAAAGUAAUACUGAUGGUCAAAGUUAUGGAUCGGUAGAAACUGUUGCAUUCCACUAUUAUCAGAAACAAGGAUUCCCUGAUGGAUUGCAUUUGGAAGGUGCAUUACCGAUUACUCUAUUUUGUACUUUGUUUUGGGAAGAAUUGUAUGAUGUGCAUGUUCCUGGAGCAUUUUCAUCACCAUAUCAAGAAGCUCCGAGUGAUUUAUUUACAGGCGAAUUCUAUGAAAAUAGGAAAGAAAAAAUAGAUACGAAACUUAAAAUUAUUGGUAACUUCAAUUCUGAGUUUUUAAGCUCUUUCAUGCAAGAAAAGUUCGCGAAAUUUGGACAAUAUCAAUCGAUAAUGUCAUCAAGUCCAAUUAAGUCAGAUAGUUUACAACUGAAGCAAAUAGUACAUUGUUUGGGAACUCAGGGUGUAAUAGGGAUUUGUAAACGACUGAUUGACAAUUUCAAACUCUGGAAAGCUGGAUUUCCAGAUUUAAUUGUAUGGAAUUAUGAUACCAAAAGGCAUAAAAUUAUAGAAGUGAAAGGCCCACGAGAUGUCCUUUCAACCAAACAACAAUCAUGGUUGGAGUAUUUACACCAUCUUGAACUAAAUACCGAAGUAUGCCUAGUACAAGAUAUACGUCAUAUAAAUAGUUCAAGUAAAAAAGUACAGGACUUCGAAAAUUAUUUAUGAAUGUUUUGCAUGCAUUUCAAUAUCUCAGGAUUGUCACAAGAUAUCAUAAGAUUUUGAAUAUAUUACUACAUUUUAUAUUUUCUUACAUUACAUGUAUAUAUCUAUUUUAUCUACAGAAUGUUUGCGAUAAUUAUAAUUUUAACUUACUCGAAAUAGUUUGUAGCGGGAGUUGUUUCUAAGUUAAAUUCAGCAACAGGAAUUCCGCGUUGUGCUACUUGCGGUGCGAACAUUGCCGCAGGAUAUACUAUAGAUGAAGUACCGAUAAUCAAGCAGACGUCACAGUUUUCAAUGGCGGUAUCUAAUAUUUAAAUAGAAGACAUUGUUAUGU